AUGUGGGUUUCUCUCGUUGCGGCCGCAGGGAGGCAUUGUUUAUUACAACCAGGAGGCCGGCUUCCAGAUCAAGGUUUCAAUAUUUACGCGUUCCACCGGUACCGCGCGAUGAGACUACGUCUAAAUAAGCAUGUAUUAGCCCGUCCAAGUGACUUGACUGUCAAACCUAACCCGCCAAAUGAUCCGGUCUUCAUAGAAUAUGUUAUAUUUACUAUGUUAAGGGAUGAACUAAAUAUUUUUGUUCAAGCGGAGGAUCUAGGCUUUCUGGCUGGAAGUAAAUCUUCUCUCGGCAGAAUAGACGGAAACGGAUUCAUCAGCGAGGUUGAAAGGGAAAUCCACCUUAAACUCUUAGACUCAAGAAUCAGGGACAGUUAUCGCCUAUCUGGAAACCACAAAGAAUUCCUGCUGUCGGAAUCUGAAAAAUACUUGGGAAUGGGAGCGGAGAAUCUUGCAUUGUUGUGGGAUGAGAAUAGUUAUGAAAUGAGAUCAAGCUGCUAUAAGCUUCUAUGGAGUGAUACGCGAAUGUCAGAUCAAGAGAUAACGGAAAAGAAGAAUGAGGGAGUGGAUGGGGCUAACUUACUGCGGAAGAGGCUGAGGGAUAUUGAAGUAGCAUAUCUCAACGAAAGAGACAAAUGGGGAUUACGACCAGUCUCUCAAAAUUUUGGCUGGCAUACCUCUAUCCUGGCAGAGGAAGGAUCGGGGCAGCUACUCAACUUGAAAGCAGUCCACAUUGUCGAGGAUGGGCGAGUGGAGGCUUAUUUGAAAGUUAUUGGGCUAUUCGGGUUUGUUUUGGGGUACAUAACGAUUGUUGCACAAGGGCCUCCUGAUCGCUGCAUACAUCGGGUGGAAAGAAGGUCUAAAGUCAAUGUGGAUUACAUUUAUGAUUAUAUGCUAGAGAUGAAGCCAAAAGAGAGACUCGCGAUACCCCGUGGGAGCAUUAACCCCAGAGCUCAACGAGAUAUAUUGGGAGUUGCGUUUGCCGACAAACAUGAUGAAGGGUCUAAAGCGAUAGACCCAACUUUGGUAAAGGUUAUCAAUAAAGUCAAGAGAUACCCAGAAACCUAUAUUAAAAUUAAAUGGGAAGAUCAAGUAACAUGGGAAACGAGGUCUGAUGUUCGACGCAUUCUACUUCACGAAAAGGAACUUUGUAUUCUGAAAGAAGAAAUGGGUUACAAGAUCAAUUCCGCGAAACAGGCGGAACGAUGGGAUUUUCUAAUCUACUACCAUUCUAGACGAUUUGAACAGCAAUACAAGGCAACAGAUGACAAAAAUUAA